UACUAGUUUCUACUACAAGCAUCACAUCAAUUGUAUCCCAAAUCUCAAACAAAGCAAUAAAUACUUAUAACACAAAGAGAAACACAGCGUUUAAUACAUACAUAGGAAAUAGGUGUGAGAUCCAGGGAAAGAGGAGAAAGAAAAAAGUCAGAGAGAGAACGAGAAGGAGCUGACCAUUGAUUGAGAGAGCAAAGAAAAUGGGAUGCUCGUUCUCCGGACUGAAUGCUUUGUACGACGGUGCAAAUGGUGGAGGGGAUGUUUGGAUCAAUGAGAAUCGGUUCAGGAUUCUCAAGCAAUUAGGGGAAGGUGGUUUGGACAAUGUGUUCAUCGUCAAGGAGAUUAUCUCUGACCCUUCUAACCCUGGCUUUUCUAAGAAAUUCAAAGACCCUUCUCUUGUCUCUGAUGAUGGAACUUAUGCCAUGAAGAAAGUUCUUAUUCAGAACAAUGAACAGUUGGAGUUGGUGAAAGAGGAGAUCCGCGUUUCGUCUCUGUUUAGCCAUCCCAAUCUGCUUCCUCUCCUGGAUCAUGCUAUCAUUUCGGUCAAGGCCACACAAGAUCAGCCUAAGAAGCAUGAGGCUUACUUGUUAUUUCCAGUCCAUUUGGAUGGGACAUUGCUGGAUAAUGCCAAAACCAUGAAAGCAAAGAAGGAGUUCUUUUCCACUUCGGAGGUGCUUCAAAUAUUUCGUCAGCUUUGUGCAGGUCUCAAGCAUAUGCAUAACUUUGAUCCACCCUAUGCACAUAAUGAUGUCAAACCUGCUAAUGUACUUUUAACGCAUAGAAAAGGACAGACACCUCUCGCAAAACUAAUGGAUUUUGGAAAUGCGCGUCCUGCAAGAAGGCAAAUUCGUUCUCGUUCGGAGACCCUACAGUUGCAGGAAUGGGCAUCUGAGCAUGUUGCAGCACCUUUCCGCGCACCUGAAUUGUGGGAUUGCCCAAGCCAAUGUGAUAUUGAUGAAAGAACUGAUAUCUGGUCAUUAGGUUGUACUUUAUUUGCAAUAAUGUAUGGAGUAUCUCCUUUCGAGUAUGCAUUUGAGGAAUCUGAUGGAAGUCCGCAGUUGGCUAUUGUAAAUGCACAAAUAAAGUGGCCAACUGAGCCUAAUACUUCAUAUCCGGACGCCCUUCACCAGUUUGUGACAUGGAUGCUUCAGCCACAAGCGACAGUCCGACCUCGCAUAGAUGAUAUAGUAAUUCAUGUUGACAAAUUGAUCUCAAAGUAUUCCACCCUUUGAGUGAUGGGAGGAGGAGAUAUGUUGGAUUAGUUCACAGAUGCAUCAUUCAUCCAUAUAUACAUCUUAGCAUGUUACAGAAUCCACCAUAAGAUACUGUUCCUUAUUUUUCAUUUUUUCUUGUCAAAAUGUGAUAGUAAGGCACAAUAGUUCAUUAUACUUGAGGAAAGAGAAUGAGGAAAGAGGUUUUGGCAGUUGUCCUUUAUUUUCUUUCUCAAAAUAUUUAAUGUUGAAUAAUCUGUAUUUUUGUUCCUAUGUUCCAAAGGAUUUUUCUCCUUAUUCUGCAA